CUUACUAGUGUUGAACUGUGGGUUCGUUAACGUGGUUUUUGACGAUGAAGUGAAUAUGGUUUUAUUUUUACGUAAAAUGAUUAAAAUGAACUCACAGCACAUAUUCAUUUUAUUCUUCUCAAUCGUAGUAAUAAAUUACAUAAUUUUACUAAAAUUAAUAACCAACAGAAUUCAAUUUAAUUAAAAUUCAACGUUAAAAUGAACGUUAUACAACAGGAGCACCACGGCAACCAAUCAAAACAUCAACCAGCAUACGCGCAUUGCAAUUGGUCGAUUUUGAAAAAACCGCCAGCCAAUCAGAUUUUUUCUUUUGAAAUAUCAGUUGCGCGAAUCAUAUAAAUACAGCUGCGCAAUCUCAUUUCCUCAUUCGUUUUCAUUUCAACGUACUAUCGUGUUCUUUGCGUUUAAUCGUAAUCUCAUCGAAAUGGCUCGUACCAAGCAAACCGCUCGUAAAUCCACUGGAGGUAAAGCUCCCAGGAAGCAAUUGGCCACCAAAGCUGCCCGUAAAAGCGCACCAGCCACCGGAGGAGUAAAGAAACCUCAUCGUUAUCGUCCCGGUACGGUCGCUCUUCGUGAAAUCCGUCGGUACCAGAAAUCCACCGAACUUCUGAUCCGUAAAUUGCCAUUCCAACGGUUGGUUCGUGAAAUCGCUCAAGAUUUCAAAACCGAUUUACGUUUCCAAAGUUCUGCCGUUAUGGCCUUACAAGAAGCCAGCGAAGCCUACUUAGUUGGUCUUUUUGAAGAUACCAACUUGUGCGCCAUCCACGCUAAGCGUGUCACCAUCAUGCCGAAAGAUAUUCAAUUGGCAAGAAGAAUCCGUGGAGAAAGAGCUUAAACGUUCUUAUCAUCUGUUAACUAAAACGGCCCUUUUCAGGGCCAACAAAUGAAUUUCUUCUUCAUUAUGUUGAUGGUACAAUGUUGAUUGUUAUCUGAACUGAAUCUACAUUAUACGUGUAGUGACUAGAGACGAAUAUUGCGUUGCAUGAAGUGAAAUGAAUAGUUUACAAGUAACUGUAAUCUAUGUACAUUUCAAAUUGAAUUAAUAAAUCGAUAUGAAUUAUGAAUAUGAAACAAUCCAACAAGUAUAUAGUUGAACUUUCUAAGGUUCUGAAUGAUGAACGAAGUUUCCAGGGUUCCAUUUUCCAGAAAGAAAUAUAAUUUUAAUCGUUAUUGAAAAAGGAAAAAUUGAAUAAAACAAUAUCUAAAUUCUACUCCAUUCAUUUUAUAUACGAGUACUCACGCAGUUACGUGUAAUGUUAUGUACCUGUUAAAUAUUGAAACAAAAAUCACAUUUGUAAUCUGGUAUUUUUCAUCCUGAUGCCAACAUUGCCAAUUGAAAGCUCAUCCCAUCCCCAUCAAAA